ACGGCCUGCGCCAGUAGUGGCAGAGUCACGGGGUCGCGUCGACGUCUGUCGAAAAAAGACGUUUUCCAAAAAAACAUUCUGUACGUUUUCAAGAAAGGAUGAUAUAGUGCUAAUAAAACAGUGUAUUCUCAAGCCAUUGGUUUCAAAGAGACGAACAAAAUGAAAUAAAAGUAAACCCAUGAAAAAGACGGCGUGACAUCACACAGGCCAUGAAAAGGUUGAAAUGACACAGCCCAGCUGAAGCUAGCGCUAUGGUCGCUCCUAGCGCUCCCACGCCACCAUGGCCGACGAAGAGAAACUGCCGAUACCCCCCACAUUUCUCGAGAAACUAUUAUUCUACACAACAGCUACUUUCGUUCUUUUGGCUACCUUCAGUCUGUUUGCUUUCCUCUUUCUCGUACCAUUCGUCAUAGAGCCCGCCUUCACAACUAUAUUUAUGCAGUUCGAUCCGGUCGGAGCAUUAUGUGUGACCGCACAGGUCAAACACCUCGUGGGAGCCAGCAACUGCACCUGGGCUUCCUGUAGGGAAGGCUGCACCAAAGAUCUAUACGAGUGCACCCAGAUAAGAGUCAACUACAAACUUGGUGCAUCACCUAACGUCUCAGCAACAGAAUACGAGAACCUGAUCAGGGCCGAAAGAGCUAUAAGAGAAUACGAAUACGAGAACUACGAAGCUGCAGGAGACAAAAUUUAUCCGGAAAUGGCAGAGGAAACGGAGUUGGCCGAUGCGUUACCAACCGGCCUUCAGGGCAACGACUCUGAGUGGUACUUUACCGGCGCCCGUCUGUUUCCCAACGUCAAGGGCUGUGGAUACCCUCCAAUAUUAAAUUGUACAAUAUUCCUAUCCAAGUAUAGACCAUUAGGUAACAAUUACACAUGCUACUACAGCCGGGUGGACCCUGGUUUAGUCAUAACAGACCUCGAUAUGUGGCAGAACACUUUAAACCUAGUAUAUGCGAUGGCUAUCCCGAUACCGUCUUUCAUUAUUUCUGUGAUCUAUUUGACAUUUGCUUACUUCAAGAUAUAUAACACUGAGGAGGAGUCUGAGCAAGCGCCUCUGCAGAGCGAUGCUGAAGGCAUGGCCACGGGAGACGACGAGAAGCCCACGACCCCGGGCAGCGACACAUUCAGGGAAGACCUGGCCUGCUUCGGUCAUCAGUUGAAAAUGCAGUUGGCAAACGAAAAGUCCAAGGAAGGUUUCGAGUCAAAUAGCCCACCAAUUUCCAAUUCGGCUUCGCUAUCUGGGACCAAGUCAUCCUUCGUGAACGCCUAGUGUGAUACCACAUCACAGCCGAGAUGACAGGAUUCCUGAAGAGCAGGUGUCGGCUACAAAGUGUAUCACGAAAUGAGGUGAACGAUCAUACCGCGAUGGGACAAGCUCGAUUAAUUGUGAUCGAAGUCUUCUAGUCCAAGCGACACUUUACUCAAGCAGAUGAGGAGAGGUUAGGAAGAAAGGAUGGACGAUAGAAAUUUUUAUAAAGCGUUGUGAAAAACUUGCAGGUUUCUUGGUAACAUUUUCUAUUUCGGAAAAUUACGGGAGUGUCUUUUUUAUUAUUCGUGCGUCAAGCGUAAUGUGAUACGGUGGUUUCGUUCAUUGUAACCCAAUAUAAGGCAUAUUCGAUCGAUUGGAUUAUUUAUUUACACGUUCGUUCGGCACGGUUUAAGUCAUCAAAUAAAUUAUACAUAGACUUUCCUUUUCAGCCUAACUCUUUGAAAUGUUAACAAAUGACCGACCCGCGACAUUAGAAGAGAA